UGCGCGGAGCCGGAGCCGGAGCCGGAGCCGGAGCCGGAGCCCGACGCUACCUCUGAGUGCGCGCGAGCCCGCAACCCAGCUUCACCCCGGUCCAGUCCUACUGCGGCCUAGCCGGGACCUUCGCCCACUGCGCCUCCGCGUCCGGCUCCAGCCCGGUGCCCCCGACCCUCAGCCCGGCCCGGUCCGGCCUCCCUGCGGGGUCACACGGCCGUCCCGGGGACGAUGAACGGAGGAUAAAUGGUGCCCAAGGCAGACAGCGGCGCCUUCCUGCUGCUCUUCCUGCUGGUGCUCACCGUCACCGAGCCGCUGCGGCCAGAGCUGCGGUGCAGCCCGGGGCAGUUUGCCUGUCACAAAGGCACUAUCCAGUGUAUCCCCCUGCCCUGGCAGUGUGACGGCUGGCCAACCUGUGAGGAUGAGAGUGACGAAGCCGACUGUGCAGGGAAGGAGACUGUGGAUCCACGGCAGGGCCGGGCCAGAGGAGGUGACCCCACACAUUUCCAGGCCGUGAACGUGGCGCAGCCUGUCCGCUUUAGCAGGAAGUGCCCGACUGGGUGGCACCACUAUGAAGGCACGGCCAGCUGCUAUCGGGUCUACCUGAGUGGGGAGAACUACUGGGACGCUGCACAGACCUGCCAGCGCCUGAACGGCUCCCUUGCCACCUUCUCCACUGACCAGGAGCUGCGCUUCGUCCUGGCUCAGGAAUGGGACCAGCCCGAGCGGAGCUUCGGGUGGAAGGACCAGCGCAAGUUGUGGGUUGGCUAUCAGUAUGUCAUCACAGGCCGGAACCACUCCUUGGAAGGUCGCUGGGAGGUAGCAUUCAAAGGCUCCUCGGAGGUGUUCCUGCCCCCAGACCCCAUCUUCGCCUCGGCCAUGUCUGAGCACGACAGUGUGUUCUGCGCCCAGCUCCAGUGCUUCCACUUCCCCACUCUGCGGCACCAUGACCUCCACAGCUGGCACGCAGAGAGCUGCUACGAGAAGUCUUCGUUUCUGUGUAAAAGAAGUCAAACAUGUGUUGACAUCAAGGACAACGUGGUGGACGAAGGAUUCUACUUCACCCCCAAGGGGGACGACCCAUGCCUGAGCUGUACCUGCCACAGGGGGGAACCUGAGAUGUGCGUGGCUGCCCUCUGUGAGCGGCCCCAGGGCUGCCAGCAGUACCGAAAGGACCCCAAGGAAUGUUGCAAGUUCAUGUGCCUGGACCCAGAUGGCAGCAGCCUGUUCGACUCCAUGGCCAGCGGCAUGCGCCUGGUGGUCAGCUGCGUCUCCUCCUUCCUCAUCCUGUCGCUGCUGCUCUUCAUGGUCCACCGGCUGCGCCAGCGACGCCGGGAGCGCAUUGAGUCUCUGAUUGGAGCCAACUUGCACCACUUCAACCUCGGCCGCAGGAUCCCCGGCUUCGACUACGCCCCAGACGGCUUCGGCACAGGCCUCACCCCGCUGCACCUUUCUGACGAUGGAGAAGGCGGGACCUUCCACUUCCACGACCCUCCACCUCCCUACACAGCUUACAAGUACCCAGACAUGGAUCAGCCCGAUGACCCACCACCGCCCUACGAGGCCUCCCUCAACCCAGACAGCAUGUUCUAUGACCCUGCAGAUGACGAUGCUUUUGAGCCUGUGGAGGCCACCGUGCUGACCCCAGGGGAUGGCGGCAGUGAAGGUUCAUUGUCCCAGCGCCUGGAUCAGCCUCUGCCCACUUCAGCGGCCUCUUUGGCAGACCUAGAAGAUUCUGUUGACAGCAGCAGCGCCCUGCUUGUGCCCCCCGACCCUGCCCAGAGUGGGGGUGCCCCUGCUACAGAGGCACUGCCAGGGGGCAGCCGCCACAGCCGCAGUUCCCUCAGCACCAUGGUGUAGACGGCCUGGUCCGUGCCCAGCAGGCUGUGAGCAUCUGUCUGCUGUCAAAAAUACCAGUCCCUGUGGGAAACUUGAAGGGCCCCAGCCUCCGCCUGGACCCUGUCCACUGCUGCAUCCCCAUGAACAGGCGCUGCGCGGCCCUGGAGUAAGGAAGGCGCCAGGUUGUGCUUGCUGGCCCCUGUCAAGAGGGCCCCUUGGGACUGUGCUGUGGCAGUGAGUCUGCUUCAGGGGACACAGUCUGCUCUGGAGAUGGCCCCUGCAGCCCAGCUGUGAACAUCAGGGUCACCCUGCCCAGAGCUGGGGCUGGUCUGGGGCUCUUGCUCCUGAACCCUGAGAGAAGAGGGGCUUGGAAGGAGGUUGGACUCUGGGCUCUGUCUCUGCAUCUGGGCUCCACGAAGCUCAGCUCUAUGGCAGGAGGCCCUGUGCCUCCCACAGUCUCUCCGCAGUGCUGUGCAUGGCUCCCCCACCAGCAGCCCUGGACACUGUGCUGGGGGCCAGGGACUGAGCCAGCUCCUGCCUCUGUGCUCUAGCACUCUGGGCCCCACCUCCUAUUGAAUUGCUUCUGGGCCUGGCCCACUCCUCCCUACCCUGUUUGUGCCAUAAAGGGUCAUUUCUUUGGGGCAGGUGGCUGAAACAACACUGGGGCUCUGUGCAUCUUCUGAAAGCCUGCUCCUUGCAUACCACCCAGCCGAGGGGCCACAUGUGCACCCCUCCCCCCUUAGCAGCUCUGGGUGCUGGGUGCCGGGUGCCCUGCCUGGGGCCCGCUGCCUGCUCCUAGGCAAUGGUCCUUGAGGUUUGGAGAUUAAGCAGGUUCUGUGCGAUUUUUAGCACAUUCAUAUCUUUUCUACGUUGAAUGUCUGGGUCGUGUGUGUGUGUGUGUGUGUGUGUGUGUGUGUGCGCGCGCACGCAUGUGUGCAUAUGUGGCUGUGUGGCUGUGGUGAUGGUAGUGCAGGUUGGGGGCCUCCCGCUCCCCUGGGCCAUCAUGUCUGCCUCUGCCGCCCCCUUUCCUGUGUCUCACUCACAGUCUUUCCAGACCAGCAAGGACAGCCAGAGAGGCUGAGGUGUGUGGUGCUUUGGUGACGGGUUCUGUACAGUCCUCUGCUGGCCUGGUUUUUCCACCCCUAUGGAAGGACAAUCUAGAGCUCUCCCUGGGCUUGGCCAGCCUGAUCCUGGAGGCUGUGCUUCCCUUACUGAAGGGAUUCUACUUUGUCCAUAAUUGAGUCCCGGCCACAGGGCUCACGUCAGCUGCUGAGGACAAAGCAGGAAGCAGAUCAUGCUCCCCAUGUGUCAGGCUGCAGAGCAACAGUCACAAGUGUCACUUGUGUCAGGUAACCCGCAGAGAUCCUGGAGGGCAGCUGGCAUGAGGUGUGUGGGACUCGGAAGCUACCUUUGGGGACCGAAGGACUGUUGGGGCCAGUCAGGCAUCCAGGAGGCAGUGAAGAAGAGGGCCCAUGGAUGCUGCAGAGGGUGGGCUUGCUCUGGACUGUCAAGUUUUGGUCCAAGGGUGCUCACUUGGGUUGCUAGGUGGUCUGGAGUCUGUCCUGUCUUUACCUGCCAUCCAGAACCUUACCCUUUGUGAGACCCGCCUGGUCCAGCCUGCCUGGGGAGGAGUCCUGAGGGAGCCCUUGCUGAGGCUGGUGUUCUUGGGAGUGGCCCCCUGCCCAGGGCUGCCUUCCCUCUGUUCCUGAGACCAGCUGCCCUGACCUGCCACAUGGGGUGGAACUGAUGCUGUAUAUCGUCUCAAUGCCUGUUUUAUGUUUUCCUUUCACUAAGGGUUUUUAGUUUGGGUUUAUUUUUGGUUGGGUUGGCACUAAUUCUUAAGAUGCUGUGAGAACUAUUUCAUCCAAAUGCCAAAUAAACUUGUGUUCUGGAAGAGGCAUG